UCUCAGGAGGUACAAUACUUGAAUGCCCUACAUUUUUCGAGGCAAACUGUUGUUCACUUUCUGUAUGUGUGAACCUCCAUCCUUAGGCUUCCUGAAUUGGAAUGCUCUUCAAUUUGUGGACCAACUCUGUAAUUAAACGAGGGUUAUUCUCUGUAGUGUUUUCUUGGGGAUACACGUGUGGCCCAACUGCUAUUAUGCUUGACCCUUGCUGUUCUCUGUAAACUGGGAGUACCUCUGGGGCCGAUGCCUAAUGAAGACAUUGAUACCAGUAACUUGGAGGCACUGGAAAAGUACCGUACCUUCACUCGCUACUUCAAGGCAGCAGAAAAAGAGAAUAAGAAGCCUCAUUGGUGGAAAAGCUACAGGAAAUACAUCACUCCACAGCAAGAUGAAGAGGCAAAGAUAGACAUUGGACUACCUUGUCCUGUGCCAUCAUGGAGAAAGAAACUUAAGGAGAGAAAAGCUAUAAUGAAGCAGAAUCGUGUGGAACUGGAAAGAGCAUUCCGCCUCAGGACAUUGUUGAUUCCACUUGAUGAAGUCAAAGCUGAAUGGGAGAGAACCAGCGGCCCAUACCACAGGCAGCAAGUGGCAGAACACUAUGGACUAUACCGGGACUUGUUUGAUGGUGCCACAUUUGUUCCCAGAGUUCUUCUUAGGGUGGAAUACAGUCAGGAUGAGGAAUACGUUAUGCCGGUUUAUAAUGGAAAUGUGGUGACCCCCACAGAGGCUUUUAACCCUCCCAGAGUCUCAUUUGAAGCAGAUGAAGGAACCUUAUGGACUCUGCUGCUCACUAACCUGGAUGGGCAUCUGCGUGAUACCAAUUCGGAGUACAUCCACUGGUUGGUGGCAAACAUUCCAGGCAACAAAAUAGAGGCGGGCAAGGAGAUUUGCCAUUACUUCCCUGCAUUCCCUGCCAAAGGAACCGGAUACCAUCGCUAUGUCUUCCUUCUCUUCAAGCAGCUCCAGCCAAUUGAUUUCACUGAAGAUGUGCGACCAAUACCAUGCCACAGUCUCAAGAUGAGAACGUUCAAGACGCUUGACUUCUACAAGAAGCAUCAGAGUGAAAUGACACCUGCAGGGCUGGUGUUUUUCCAGUGCCAGUGGGAUGAUUCUGUUACACAGGUCUUUCACCAGCUUCUUGACAUGAAGGAGCCAGUGUUUGAUUUUGUGCGGCCCCCCAAAUAUCAUCCCCCACAGAAGAAGUUUCCACACCGCCAACCUCUGAGGUACCUGGACAGAUACAGGGACAGUGAUGAACCUGUCUAUGGCAUUUAUUGAGGUGUCUGAUACUCUCCAAUGGGGCUUUGGACAGACAACCACAGUGCAACGAAGAAUCCUCUUCUCGAACAGUUCCGUUAGGAAAUGGAAGUGUAAAAGACAGCUGGAUUUGAUUCAGACCAACACUCUAAUUCAUCAUUUGGAAGAGAGAUAUAGCUUACCUCUAUCUUGUCUAUAUCUAGGAGACUCAUCAAAGUGUUACAAGUAUAUCUGUCCGUGCUGUGAAGAAGCAGGCAAACUGUGCCAACAUGUCCAAGGCUAUUCAGAAGUUGAGCUUCUGCUCCACUUUUUCAGGAGUCAAAUGUCAUUCAUAAAUUGUUCUAAGUAAGGCACUUUCCUUUCCCGCUCAGUUGUUGGGCUGUUUCAGUAAAAUAACAUCAUCUGAAUUGGAUCAGAUAAUACAUGAAAUCUUGCAAAGCAAUCCGUCAUUACUGAAAUACUGGACUGUGUGUUCUCUUUAAUCUUAAAUGUAUGAAUAAACACGCUUUUCGUACCAGAAAGUAGAGCCGCAUUUGAGGGCUCAGGGAGAAGCACAAAGAAGCAAUUGGUCUGUUGGAGCUAUCUAACCUUUAUGAGUAUGGGACCCUCUUUAUAAGCUCAAAAAAUUUCAUGACCCCCCCCCAUGCUAAUUGUAAUUUUAACCUCUGUUAAUUGAAAAAAUGGUGUGUGCAAAAUCACAUCUCCAGAUAUUCCUUUCCAUAAAAAGCUCCCUGCA